GUCCUCAUGCUCUCUCUACCUAAAGUUAUCAUGGAGAAAUCCUUGGCCGAGUUAAAUAAAGCCGGCUCUCGGUCAACAUCAUCGCUGCCACCUGAACCAGUGGACAUCGUUCGCAGCAAGUCAUGUUUCCGCAGAGUCAGGCUAAACGUUGGAGGGCUCCCACAUGAGGUCUUGUGGCGAACGUUAGACAGGCUACCACGAACACGUUUGGGAAAGUUAAGAGAUUGCAACUCGCACGAAUCACUGAUGGAAGUGUGCGAUGAUUACAAUCUUGAGGAGAAUGAGUACUUUUUCGACCGGCAUCCAGGGGCGUUUACAUCUAUUCUGAACUUUUACCGCACGGGUAAGCUGCACAUGAUGGAGGAAAUGUGCGCCCUUUCAUUUAGUCAAGAACUAGAUUACUGGGGCAUCGAUGAGAUCUACCUGGAGUCGUGUUGCCAAGCAAGAUAUCACCAGAAAAAGGAGCAAAUGAAUGAAGAACUCAAAAGGGAGGCAGACAACUUAAAAGACAGAGAGGGAGAAGAAUUUGACAACACCUGCUGUGCCGAAAAAAGAAAGAAACUUUGGGACCUCCUGGAAAAGCCCAGCUCAUCUGUUGCAGCAAAGAUACUCGCCAUCAUCUCCAUCCUCUUCAUCGUGCUUUCCACCAUUGCCCUGUCUCUGAACACCCUACCAGAGCUACAGGAUACAGAUGAGUUUGGCCAAUCCACAGACAACCCUCAACUUGCCCACGUGGAGGCUGUCUGCAUUGCCUGGUUUACCAUGGAAUACCUGCUCCGUUUCCUCUCCUCCCCGAAUAAAUGGAAGUUCUUUAAGGGUCCUCUAAAUGUUAUUGACUUGUUGGCCAUCCUGCCCUACUACGUCACCAUUUUCCUGACAGAAUCCAACAAGAGUGUAUUACAGUUUCAAAAUGUUCGGCGUGUGGUUCAGAUUUUUAGGAUCAUGCGUAUCCUACGUAUCUUGAAACUGGCUCGUCACUCUACAGGUCUUCAGUCUCUGGGUUUCACCCUUAGGCGGAGUUACAAUGAGUUGGGCCUACUUAUUCUUUUCCUUGCCAUGGGUAUCAUGAUUUUCUCCAGUCUGGUAUUUUUUGCUGAGAAGGAUGAAGAGGAUACAAAGUUUAAAAGCAUUCCAGCUUCUUUUUGGUGGGCUACAAUUACUAUGACCACAGUGGGCUAUGGUGACAUCUACCCCAAAACUCUCUUGGGAAAGAUUGUGGGGGGGUUAUGCUGCAUAGCUGGAGUACUUGUGAUCGCUCUACCUAUUCCUAUUAUUGUAAAUAACUUUUCUGAAUUCUAUAAGGAACAGAAGAGGCAAGAAAAGGCCCUUAAAAGAAGAGAAGCCUUAGAAAGGGCAAAGAGAAAUGGCAGCAUUGUCUCAAUGAACUUGAAAGAAGCAUUUGCACGUAGUGCAGAGCUGAUGGAUGUGGUGGUGGAGAAGAGUGAGAGGCCUCAUGACAACCACCUCUCACCCAGCCGCUGGAAAUGGACUCCCAAGAGGGCUGCAUCAGAGACAAGCUCAAACCGUUCUUUCAAUGCCCAGGAGUUAGGCUCUCCCAGCAAGGCCCGAGCCACCAGUCCCCAGAGGUUAAAUGUUCAGAAACUAGAAGAGAUGUACAACCAGAUGGCAAAGACACAGUCACAACCCAACCUCAAUGCUAAAGAAAGGGCCUCCAGAGUUGGUAAACAGAGGGAUGAGAUAGAGCUGGGGGCUAUACAUGACCAUGGUCAACCAGCCCUAGGAACCAGGGAUGGAGUUGGAGACAUGAAAAGCUUGUCCAGCAUUGACAGCUACAUUAGUUGUGCAACAGACUUCCAGGAGAACCCACGCUUCUCCCACAGUCCUGCAAUAGAUCUUGGUCUUCAGGAAAGCAACCGCUUCUCAUACAGUCCAGCGGCAGCAUUGUCCCAGCACACCAAUACAAAAACUGGCCAGCAAACAACAGGGGACCGUGAGCCCAUGCUGACCCCUGUGUCUGUCACAAAGACGGACAACACAAGGAAAUUUUUCUUUUCUGGAAACUCCUCAAAAAGCCUUAUUCCCAAAGGAGGCUGCCGCAGCGACGGGGAAUCAGGACUUUCCCCACUUUCAGACAGCUCAGUUGUGUCAGACCACUCUCUAUUAAGCCCUGAAACCUCUGCGUACACUACUGCCAGCAGCAGGACCCCACCAAAGUCUCCAGAAGGCACUCCCCUGGCCCCAACUGUCUUCACCUUCCAUGACUCCUCCAUCAGCAAAUACAUUGAUGCCGAUACAGACGAUGAUGAGCACCUCCGUGACAUGUCUGACACCAGUCCCUCUGAGCGUCUCCUGGCUGAUGCAAGCCCGAAACGCAGCAUUAAUAUAAAUUACCAGAGGGGCACUAACCAUUUAGAAGCAGCCCAGAAAAUGCUGGGUCAGAAUUGUCUGUUCCCCCUAGAAGGGAUUCGUGGGCUAGCUCAUGAAAAUCACAUAGGACCAGAGAUGGCACGUAGACCAAAGGCUGAGAGGGGACGUCAAAAUACUUUGGAUAAAGGCCUCUGA